AUUAAUCCGUCAAAAAGAAAAAUCACAACAUUCGAAUGUUUUCUCAAAAUUAAAUAUUAUCCAUUCGGUUAUGGCAUAAAAAAUUAACAAUAACGACAAAAAAUGAGUUCACCGGUUAAAGGGGUUUCAUUGCCACAAUCCCCUGUUAAAGGAGGUACACCAAUAAAGGUGCCUGGUACACCUGCGGACCUGGCACAGUCCAAGAAGUCAAGUAGAACUUCCUCACCUACGAGAUCAACAGGUGAAGCUCAACGCUUUGUCCAUCAAAAUUCUGAUGAUGAGGACUAUUACACGACACCCGAUUUUAUCUAUGGCGGACCGUUUAUCACCGUGAAUAGACCAUCCCCAUUCUUAGAUACUGGGACACCUAUGAAUUUGCCGCUGCAAGGGACAUUUAAAAAGAGCUUCGCGUAUUUUUCUCUGAAAGACAGGAUACCAGUGAUAUUAACUAAAAUAAUCGAUUAUUUGUCGAGAGAUGGAGCCAAUAUUAAAUCUGCCAAUGGCGCGUCGGAGGAAGAUCUCAAUAACUUUAUGCAAUCUGUGGUCAAGUUGAAGAACGAUUUAGUGACGAAUAAAGAUUAUGAUCCAUUUACUCUAGAUACGCCUAAUGCUAAAAAGUGGAACAUUUGGAUUGAGAAUCAAGAUAAUAAGAAAUAUUUCAAUAAUACUUGGAUGUUUACCGAAUGUUAUUUGUACAGGAAGCUUAGAGAAGGUUGUGAAUUGACCAAAGGUUUACAGAAUUUCGAUUAUUUCGAAGAACAAAAGAAGAGUGCUUUUGAUAACAACGUAGAAUUGAUGUGCAUUGUCGCUGACAAAAUGGUGAACAUGGUCCACAAGUCGGAAAAAGACAAACGGAAAGCUGACUUCGUAACUUUAUUGAAGAUAUGUCUCUGGGCGAACAAAUGCGACCUCUCCCUCUCCCUCGGGUCCCAAGUCAACCUGAUCCAAGCAGCCAAGGACGCUACGGAGAAACUACGUCUGAACCCUCCCCCGCCUCCUCCCCCUCCGAAGAAGGGUAAGAAGGGGGGGAAGCCCGCUAAGGAGGCCGCGCCACAAGCACCUCUUGUCAUCAGCCACGAUCCUUUCCAAAUGAUUCUUGAUUUGAAGGAUAAGAUUUGGAAGUCAGCCUAUAUAACACCAGUGCAUAAGAAGGGUUCAAAGAAUGAAGUAGCUAACUAUAGGCCAAUAUCCAAACUUUGCAUAUUGGCAAAGGUUUUUGAGAGAAUCGUGUAUGAUCAGGUUUACGCUGCGGUUAGGAGCUCGUUUAGUCCCACGCAACAUGGUUUCCUGAAGGGUCGCUCCACAGUAUCGAACUUGAUCUUACUAAAUGACUACUUGACUGACAGUAUGGAUGGUGGGGCACAGGUUGAUGUCAUUUAUACCGACUAUAGCAAAGCCUUCGACAGAAUUGACCAUAAUAUCCUUAAAACUAAGCUAUAUCGUAUUGGUAUAUGCGGUGACUUACUCAGAUGGUUUGCAUCCUACCUAGAAAACAGGUCUCAAUCUGUCGUAGUCAAUAACUACAUAUCUAGCUGGGUCAAGAUUCCAAGCGGUGUUCCGCAGGGAUCUCUAAUUGGCCCCCUACUUUUCAUCUUAUACGUGAAUGACAUUGACCUCUGCUUCCAUAGCUCUAAUCUUCUUAUUUUUGCCGACGACAUGAAGAUUUACUCCAAAAUAACAUCGGUGGAGGACAUGCUGGCUCUCCAGGAUGACUUAAAGCGCCUGGAUGAGUAUUGCCAGUUGAAUAAACUUGACCUGAAUCCCGCAAAAUGCUCAGUGAUUACUUUUAGUAGAAAGCGGUUCCCGAUGAUUCAUCCAUACGAGCUGAAGGGUCAGGGUUUGGUAUUUACAUUCCAGAACACGACGUUCAAGUUCAAGUGCAGUUGCCAUAGAUUGGCCACACUCGCCGGCGUGCCCUUAUGUAAACAAGAAGCACCUCCCACGGAAGAAGGGAAAGAAGCAACCCCUGAGAAGGAAGCGAAAGAAGGAAAAGAUAAAAAAGAAGCGACUCCUGAGAAAGAAGGCAAAGAAGGGAAAGAAAAGAAAGAAGAUGCUCCCAAACAAAUACCCUGUCCUGCUAAAAUGACUGUUCCUCAAGCCGUUAUGUUCGAUAUUGUAUGUGACAAUACUGGGUAUGAGUUGUUCGCGGAUCUAUGUCUAGCGCACUUCUUGGUCGCACAGAAGAUUGUACAAAAGGUGAGAUUCCACGUGAAAGACAUGCCGUGGUUCAUCUCUGAUGUCACCGAAAAAGAUUUCAGAUACGUCGUUAAUGCUUGCACUAACAGCAAUUUCAGCAAAGAAGCGUCUUCUGGAGCCACGGAAGGUGAGGGAGGUGCAGUAAAAGUUAUCAAGGCGGACAACUUGAGGACACUCGGCCAGCAGUGGAACCAGUACCUUACUGAUGGAGUCUUCCAGAUCAUGGCCGAAGAAUACUGGACAUACCCUCACGUGUACAGAGAUAUGAAGAAGUACGACCCCAACCUGUACCGCAAACUGCAAUAUGCCGUGGCGAUACUGUUUAAGGGAGACUUGAAUUAUCGCAAGCUGCUCGGAGAUCGGAAUUGUAACCCUACUACUGGGUUUGAAGCUGCUUUGCAAGGCUUCAUCCCGGCCCCAAUAAUAGCGAUUCGUACAGUAAAGGCGGAGCUUAUCUGUGGACUACCGAAGGGUCGGUGGGACCAACUCACUGCUGCUGAUGAGAAGUGGAUGCAGACUGGAGAUUAUGGCGUAAUUCAGUACUGUCCUAAAGGCGAGGCGCUGAAGGUAUCCGACCGUCCCUGCAUGGACUACUGUCAAACCUGCUUCGGAGUCAUAUGUCCUGAACAUACUGAUAUAUGAUUGUUUAUGUCGACUGAACUCAUUUUUUGUUGUUUAUUGUUUAAAAAAAUAAUGAUGUUUUUACACUUUACUUGGUAUUUUGGGCACAGUGAGCUUCUACAACACUUUUUAUAAAUAAAUCUAAAUGUUAUUAACUUGUUAUUU